UGCCAAAGGGCUGAAGCAGAAAAUGUUUUAGGAAAUUUCCCUGGUUUAUUUUUCUCCCUCAGAAGCUCUUUCCUUGGGUCCGAAGAUUCGUUAGAAGCAUUUAUUUAUGUGGAUAGGUUAUUCGCACUGAAGAAAGAAGCUCCCUCCUUCCGAAACUGAAGCGGUGAAUUCAGACGCGAUUCGAACCAAAUCAAAGUCAAAGUCAAAGUCAAACUCAAACAGUAGCAUAUCAUCUUCAUCUUAAUUUGACAGAGAUCAGAACAAGAGAGAGAUUAGGGUUUGAAGGUGGAAGAUGAUGAACAGCGAAAGCGGAUUGAUUAAGCUCUGCAUCGAUGCGGCGUGUGACAGCAAAGAAAGCAUCGACAGAUGGCGCCUACAGAAACGCUCUCUCGAUCGCUUGCCUUCUCCUCUCGCCGACGCUCUCAUCCGCCGCCUCCUCAGUCGCACUCUCCUCCGCCCCUCCCUCCUCCAGGUUUUCAAACGCAGUGCCGAAGAGGUUGAUCUGAGAGGCGAAAACCAUGUCGAUGCACAGUGGAUGGCAUAUUUAGGAGCAUUUCGCUACCUGCGCUACUUGAACGUUGCCGAUUGCCAUCGAAUCACCAAUUCAGCUCUUUGGCCUCUCACAGGAAUGACUAGCUUGAAGGAGUUGGAUCUCUCUAGAUGCUCCAAGGUUGAUGAUGGUGCAAUUGACCAUAUUCUUUCAAUUCCUAAUUUGGAGAAGUUGCACAUUUCAGAAACAAGUGUGACUGCCAAAGGGGUCAAGCUUCUCGCCUCUCUUGGGAACUUGUCUCAUCUUGAUUUGGGAGGCUUGCCUGUGGAUGACAUCACAUUAACUUCGUUACAGGUGCUGAAGAAGCUACAAUAUAUUGAUCUCUGGGGUAGUGAAAUAUCAAAUGAAGGUGCUGUUGUUCUUAAUCUAUUUCCGAGGUUAACCCAUCUAAAUCUUGCUUGGACGAAUGUGACAAAAUUGCCUAAUUUAUCAUCUCUUGAGUUCCUGAACAUGAGUAAUUGUACUAUCGACUCUAUACUUCAAGAUGGCAAAUCUCCGUUGGCAAAGCUUAUUCUCUCUGGGACUACAUUCCUGAAUGAAGCUGAAGCCUUAUUACAUAUAAAUACAAAUUUUCUGUCCUAUCUGGAUGUAGCCCACUCUGGCCUUCACAGAUUCUUCUUCUUAAGUAAAAUGAAAGUAAUAGAACAUCUUAAUCUCAGCUCGUGUAUGAGCGAUGAUUCAGUUGAGAUGGUCGCAUGCAUUGGUGGAAACUUGAAAAGUCUGAAUCUGAGUUGUACUGCAGUCAGCUCUGCUGGACUAGGGGUUUUAGCUGGACAUGUGCCCAAUCUUGAAAUUCUGUCUCUCUCUCAGACACCAGUGGAUGAUACUGCCAUCCCAUUUAUAGGCAUGAUGCCUUCAUUGAAGGUGGUUGACCUGAGCAAGACAAACAUUACAGGUUUUUUGCCCCAGGGGGACAGGGACAUCUCAUUCUCUCUGACGGCUCUACAGGACCUUAAACAAUUAGAAAGCUUGAAUAUGGAAGGCACACCAGUUGGGGGCUCAGCUUUGUACCCUUUAUCAAGUUUCCAAGAGCUGAGAUGCUUAUCUCUUGAAAGUGCUUCACUCGCAGACAUCACACUUUUCUAUAUAUCAUCAAUUCCUAAGUUGACAAAUCUUAGUAUCUUGGAUGCACUAUUGACAAAUUAUGGGCUUGAUAUGUUUGAGGCUCCUGAAACUCUGAAAUUGCUGGAUAUCAGAGGUUGUUGGCUCUUAACUAAAGACACUAUAUUGUCAUUCUGCAGAAAUUAUCCACAAAUUGAAGUAAGGCAUGAACUUCUUACUCUGCCUCCUUUCGAGGAAAAUGCACUUCAUUAUUCCUCUCCAUCUCAAUCAACUUCAAGGACUCAGCAAUCUGCCAAGAAGAAAGAGCAUUCCUCUCCGUCUCAAUUAACUUCAAGGACUAUGCAAGCAUCUAAGACGAAAGAGGGAAUAUCCAUAUCUCCGUGUUUUAUAGAUCAAAGGUUGAAGUAUAGCAGAGAUGAGUUACUCGCAUUGCAAUUUUCAUCUUUACCUUUUGCAUCCAGUAGUGAGAGUGACAAUUCAAUUUUUGAGAAGCAAUUGGAUUGAAUGGAGCAAUCUCUUUCCAUAUUCUCAUUGUUUCUUUUCUUGUUUAUUUCCUGAUUAUCAUUGGUUAUGCAAUAUUCUGUCGAGUAACCAUGUAAGUGUCUCAAUUGGUGAGGUUGGCUACAUGGAUCACUUAAUAUCAUAAUUUCCUGUCAUGCUUUAAGUUCAGAGUUGGACCAAUUACCUCUGGUGUGUGUUUGGUUUCCAGUUUCGUUAAUGUACAAGGGCGGCUUUUAUCCAAUCCUUCCCUUUACGUCCUUGAACUUUUUUGCAUUAGAAUGUUGCAGAACGCAGUUAGCCUCCUCUCCAACGUGUAUCUAAACACGCCCUUAUUCCUCUCUUAAUUGUUUGAUUUAUGAUUUUUCUUGUUUUCUAUCUAAUUCUAACUAUUGAAGUGAUCUGGUUCUUGUAAAAUAAGAACAUAUUACUUUAAUUUGAUUUUAUUUGAAUUCAGAUAAUAUUUACUCA